CUUGAUCUCAAGUAUAAGAAGAAAAUAUUCUCUUGGAUACUCUUUUUUUUAUUAUUAAGCUCAUUAAAUAAUAUUCCCUUGGAUACUUGUUUUCAUACAUAAUUAAGUAGUAAUCUUCCCUUGAAAAAGAAUUAAGUAGUAAAUAGUAAUCAAGUGAAUCCCUUAAUCAGUUUACCUGACCCCCUGCCCACCUAACUCAAUUAAUAAAUAGAAAACAGCUUAAUCAGUGACACAUGACACCUGUACCAUUAUUAUCAUUAACCAAAUGGUGAUUAACUAAUUAAUUUGAUUAGCACUAGUCAAAUAAUUCUACUACCCAAUAAUAAUUUGGAUACAUACAAUACAAGGGAGAGGAGGAAGCAAAGCACAUGCAAAGGUCCUCUGUUUUCCUCUGUCCCACCAAACCUUGCAAACUCAUUGAUUGAUUGCCCGCUCAAAUCCAACCCAUUCUUCUCCAUCCAUCUUAUUAUUAUUAACAAGACAGCAAACCCACAGAGAGAGAGAGAGAGAGAUUGACGGAGGAGAAGAAAGAAGCAGAGAAUAUAAUUCAAGUUACAGCCUUUGAUCGAGCCCAUUUGAUACAGAGCAAAAUCGGCCAUGGGUUCACUCGCCGGCGAGUACCCAUCAGAGAGAGAAGAAAAGGGCAGUGAAAGAAACGGCGGCGUGCCUGAUCUGCUGGAAGAAGCUUGGUUCUUCAGGAAACUGAUCGAUGGAAGCGGAAAUAAGCCGGCGGCGGGAGGUAGAUUCAUGGGGAGGUGUUUCUCUGAUCCCACUUCUUCACAGAGCGUCGUUCCUCCGGUGCAGGUGAGAGGCGACGCCGGUUUGGUGAGGGCGCCGUCGCUGCCACCUUGUAUUGGCAGGAAGUCUGGUGGGAGGAGGAAUGGUAGUAAAUCGUCGAAAACAGGGGAGGGUAAGGAAAAACAGGGGAGUAAGAUUAAGACAUCAGGCGGCGGCGGCGGGAGGAAUCCGGGGAGUUUGGCGAGAGCUCCGUCGCUGCCGCCGUGGAUAGGGAGGGAAGAAGUAGAAGAAGAAGAAGAAGAAGAAGAAGAAUCAGAUGGGGAAGAGAAUGGUAUGAGUAUGAGCAGAUUGAUUCAGCAGGCCAUGUCUUCUUCUCUUGAUGAUAUCUCUCCUAGACACUCUGUUUCUUCUCCUAAGAGCAUGACUAGGAGUUGCAGGAGCAUGAGAAACGAGGUGAGAGGUGGCGGUGGAAGAAGAAGAAGAAGCCCGGAGGUUAAAGAUGAUCAAAGUGGAGUAAUUAGUACGACUAAUCACACCAAUAAUCCUCCUUCUCCGCCCACUAAUCCCAAGGGAAUCAGGAAGUUGACCAAGACAAUGAGCAACCUUGAGAUCCAACAUGAUCAAGCCAGUUACUACGAGUCAAAGAAGGCGGCAGCGAGGCCACAGAGGCCCAGUUACGACCAGUUCCUCCGGUGUGCAGGCCCGCCGAUCCCGACGUGGGCUUCAGGGCCCACUUCCAAUGCCCAGACGACGACGACCGCAACUGCUUCGUCAGCUGAAGACAUCAAGGCCCAUCUCAAGGUCUGGGCCAGGACUGUGGCUGCUAACAUACACUGAUGAAAAGUGGAUUAAAGAAAAUUAAUGAAUUUUU